AUGGGGGGGACACCCGCCUGUCCCUCUCUGCUGCCACCCUGUUCGUGGGGUGUCCCCCCCUUGAGCCCCCCCCCAAAAUGCUCUUCUGGCACGGCCAACCCGACCACUACUGGUCCAGCGCCGGGGACAUGUACCCCCUCCCCCCUUCUGGGGUGCUCAGGGACCCCCCCCGUCCUGCCCUACCUGAAGCAGGAGGAGCCCAACGGCAUCUCCACGUCCCAGCCGGAAUUCCCGGCGUUCCAGUACAUCCUGUGCGCCCCCACCUCCCCCGCCGUGCGGCACCACGAGGAGACCCUCACCUACCUCAACCAGGGGCAGUCGUACGAGAUCCGCAUGGUGGGGACCCCCCGGGGGGACCCCGCGGAGGGACGGAGGAUGGUCAAGAGCGUGGUCCGGGUGUCCUUCCACGACCGGCGCCUGCAAUACUCGGAGCAGCAGCAGCUCGAGGGCUGGCGGUGGAGCCGCCCCGGCGACCGAAUCCUCGACAUCGACAUCCCGCUCUCCGUCGGCGUCCUCGAGCCCCAAAUCCACCCCACGCUGCUCAACACGGUGGAAUUCCUGUGGGACCCCUCCAGGCGCACGUCCGUGUUCGUGCAGGUUCACUGCAUCAGCACCGAGUUCACGCUGCGCAAGAACGGGGGGGAGAAGGGGGUCCCCUUCCGCCUCCAGAUCGACACCUUCGGGGCGGGGGGCAAGGGGGACCCCCCCGAGCACCUGCACUCCGCCAGCUGCCUGGUCAAGGUGUUCAAGCCCAAGGGGGCCGAUAGGAAGCAGAAGACGGACCGGGAGAAGGUGGAGAAGCAGCCGCCGCCGGAGCGGGAGAAAUUCCAGCCGUCCUACGAGAGCACCGUGCUGGCCGAGUGCGCCCCGUGGCCGGACGCGCUGGGUGCCCCCCACAGCCCCCCGGGCACCCCGGGACUGCCGACCCCGCACCCCUUCAAGCUGCUGAGCCCCGAGAGGGGGUGUGUGUCGCCCGCCUGCGCUGCCGAGGGACCCGCCGAGAGUCCCGGCGAGGCGCUGAGUCCCUGCGCAUCCCCCCUGGAGACGCAGCAGUGGCUCCUCCGGCGCCGCUUCUCCGCCUGCGCCCGCGCGUUCGCCAACUUCACGGGCGCCGACCUGCUGAAGCUCUCCCGGAGGGACCUGAUCCAGAUCUGCGGGGCCCCCGACGGGAUCCGCCUGUGCCACGCGCUGGCGGGCAGGUGCCCGCGGCCCCGGCUGACCCUCUAUGUGGCGCGGGAGCCCGGCGGGGCCGAGGAGGUGGAGGACGGGGGCUCAGGGCUGUACCAGGAGCUGCACCUGGAGCAGCUGACGGUGGCCGAGCUCACCGGGAAGCUCGCGGAGCUCCUGGGGCUCCCCCCGGCCCAGAUCCUGCGGGUCUCCCGGCAGGGACCCUCCGGCAUCCACGUCCUCGUCAGCGACGCGAUGCUCAGGACCCUCCAGGACGAGACCAGUUUCGUGGUGGCGAUCGCCAAAGCCCCCGGCCCCGAGGGCUUCCAGCUGCUGCUGCGGUAGGACCCGGCCCCGGAUCUGCGGGAGCCCGGGAAGGGACAAAUCCCACCGGAGCAGAGCUGGAGUCAUGCCGAGAUGGAGAGAGGAACCCCGGGAUGGAGAGAGGAACCCCGGGAUGGAGAGUGACCUCAUCCCUGUGGUGCCUGCAGGGGUUUGGGGUCGGUCCUACCCUCAGCUACAUAUAUUAUAUAUCUAUAUCUACACCUUUACUUUCAGUUAAUGCAUUAUUAUACCCCCAGCGCCCAGGAAGGCACAGAUCUCACACCAUUAAAACAACAUUUC